AUGGACUGGCAAGUCUUUGCUGAAGAGCUGGCACAAAUGCAAUGCAGUCCAGCUGGUCCUCUGAUGGACAUAAAGCUUGUGUCAGGAGAGCUGGAGGAGAUCCACCUGCCUCAUUUCCUGUGUUUGGGAGGUAGCCAGUCUGAUAUGAAAGAUGCUGUGAAGAUUCUGCAUCAGCAGAAUGGUGGAGUGUGUCUGGAGACGUGUGAGCUGAGUCGCUCCCAUGCCAGGCUGUUGAACCCCUCCUUUUCCCUUUUGGGUGUUCUUUUCAGUUCAUUGAAGUCGGUUCUACUACCUAAGAUCCACACAGAUGCUCACGUGUACAGAAGCGGCAUGAAACCCCUCAUUUUCCACAUCUACCUCAUGCCAAGGAAUGCACAACUUAAAAAGCUAGUGGAAGAGCAGGAAAAAUCAGAGAAGUUCAGAGGGGUUUUACUAGAGAGGCCCCGGCCUGUGCGGCCACUGCAGUUGCGCAGCUAUUAUUCCUUAGAGACCAACUGCGAUUCCACUGUUUUACCAGGGGAGUUAGAACUUAGUGAUGACAACUCUGUGACACCAAAUUACUCCAUAGUGCGCGUAGUCCAAGCUGGUAACUUCAAAAUCACCCUGUCGAACUCAGCUCAAAGGGCAGUUUGGCAAGCAGAGAUCCUUGGAAUUGAAUGCUGGCCCCCUCAUCAGGACACCGCACAAACCAGCCAGGGUAUCGUCUCCACCCUCCCCUGUGGAGCUGAUACUACUGACACCAACACUGCUGUCAAUCAAGCUGUGAUCUGCCAAGAGGUUCAGACACCUGAGUGCUCAAGCAGAGGCCUGAAGAGGAAGAAUCUUUGGAGGGACACUGACCAUCUGCCCUUAAUGAACCGGCCGCGCCUGGCCAGGACACAGAGUAUGGACCUCUUCAUUGCGCUUGAUGAGCUGCCGCGUGAGGAUCUGACGCGGUUUAAGGCCUACUUGUCUGAGGAGACCAUGGAAGGCAUUAAGCCCAUUCCCAAAGGACAGCUGGAGACGUGUGGUGCCACAGAGCUGGCCUCUAAGAUGAAGGAGAGAUAUAGGAAAGACGGGGCUGUCAGAAUGACUCUGACCAUCUUGAGGAAAAUGGAGCUCAAUGACCUUGCAGACAGACUAAAGAAGUCCAUCACCUCGUCAGGCCAGUGAGGAGUUCCUCUUUUACCAUUUUCAGGCUGACCAGAACGUUGCUGGUGCCCAUUCCUACACCAGACAUGUCGGGAACUUAAGUGCUUACUUGCGAAGCUCCUGCAUUCACCAGCCUUUGAAGUUUUCCAUAUAUGACUAUUUGUUACCUGGGUGAACAUGCUGACGUCCAUGUUGUCAUCACAGACAUGUUGCAGAGAAAAAAACAACUUUACAGUCCCAAAAUGCUCAGAAUUGCAGUCUGAACAUGCCAUUCAGUUUGAGAU